GCGCUUCUCUCUCAUUCACUCAUUCACUUCAGCCCGGGACUGACUCCCAUUGGAGCAUUAGGAAGGAGAGAAGGAGAGAAAAAGAGAGAGCGAGAGCGGCGGCCGCUGUCCAAACUCGCCUGAAAACAGCGUGAAAACAUCGGAUUUCCCUUCCAGAAAGCACCGCUCCCCCCAACCGGACCAUUUAAACCCGACCUGGACGCAAGCGAAGACCCGUUUAUUGCAUAGUCGAGCUGGGUCGAUCGACCAGAGGCGUGUGUGUGUGUGUGUGUGUACGUGUGUGUCUGUGCGUGUUUAUACGCGUGUUUGUGUGUGUGUGUUUAUAUGUGUGUGUGUGUGUUUUCGUUUGGACGCACACAGUCACAGGUUGCUAGCGGAGUUAGCCGCGGUUAGCUUUUCCCUUCACUGGAAGCAGCCGGAGCCAAACUUUAAAUAAAAGCUCGUCGGACAUUUUUUUUUUCGCCUUCCUCCCUCCAGACAGGGUUCCUUGUGAUUCAGUCAGGAUGUGCUGCUUUUACGGACGUUUAUCGAGUUGGCCGGAGGGUAGCAUCGGCUGACCGAAGCCCAGCGUUUGGAUUUUACCUUUUUUUUUUCUCCCCCCCCCUUUUCUGCUGUUUUUAGACUUUAGUUUCAAAGCGGACUACAACCUCCGGGUGUUGAACCCAACUCCCCCUGUUAAAUAAUAAAAAAAAAAAAUACACAUUUGUCGGAGGAUUUCAAAACGUCUUGGCUUUAAGUUUUUAUUUUUAUUUUUUGGGGACGUACAUAUAUAUUUCAAAAAAAAAAAAAAAAAAAGUUGGGAAGUUGAUUUUUUUUCUUUCCCUGAGCCUGUGGAAAAAUGGAUGCGGGUAUAGAGAAGGAAUGCAGCGCCUUGGGAGGGCUCUUCCAGCUCAUCAUGAACGACAUGAAGGCUAGUUAUCCUACGUGGGAGGACUUUGUGACCAAAGGAGCCAAACUGCAAUCACAGCUCAGGACAACCAUUGUGGUGACUGGAGCCUUCCUGGAUGCGUUUCAGAAGGUUGCAGACAUGGCGACCGGGACCAGAGGUGCCACCAAGGACAUCGGCUCGGCGCUGACCAGGAUGUGCAUGAGACACCGCAGCAUCGAGUCCAAGCUCAAGCUCUUCACCACAGCUCUCUCAGAAAGUCUCAUCACUCCCCUGGAGUUGAAAAUGGAGGAGUGGAAGAAGAUGGCCAGUCAGCUGGACAAAGACCACGCCAAAGAGUACAAGAAGGCCAGAGCCGACAUCAAGAAGAAAUCAUCAGACACCAUCAAACUGCAGAAGAAGGUGAAGAAAGGGAAGGACGAAGCUCGGGGACAGCUGGACAGCGCGCUGCAGGAUGUAAACGUCCGCUACGCCGUCCUGGAGGACACGGAGAAGCGGGCGGUGUGCAGAGCGCUGAUCGAGGAAAGGGCUCGUUACUGCAGCUUCGUCAGCAUGCUGAAGCCUGUGCUGGACCAUGAGAUCAACAUGCUAGGAGAGGUGACCCACCUGCAGACCAUCCUGGAAGAUCUGACCAACCUGACAGCUGAGCCCAGUAAACUCCCACCAGCCAGCGAGCAGGUAAUUCUGGACCUGAAAGGAUCCGAUUUCAACUACACCUAUCAGACGCCUCCAGCUUCACCCAGUAACACUCUGUCCAGGAAGAGCAGCAUCAGCAGCAACUACCAGUCUGGAUCAGUGAGACACGUUCCCUCCUUGGACUCUAUCAGCUGUGCUGUGGAUGGAGUACACAUCCAGGACUCGGUUGGCUCCACCAAUCAGCUGGCGUCUGGAGGGGGGGAGAACGGCCUGCUGGCGCCGCCACACAACGCCUUCGCACACCCUGGAGAAAGAGCUCGAGCCAUGUCUGCGUCUGGGAAGUCUUGUUCAGCUCGGGAUCAGCUGGCGUUGACGUUGGGUGCGUUGAGUUCGGGCGCCCCGAGCAGCAGCAGGGACUCUCUGCACUGCUCCAGCGGCUACAGCACCCAGACCACCACCCCGUCCUGCUCUGAGGACACCAUCCACACACACGCUGUAAAGAGAGAUCCUCCCCUCUAUGUCGACUACGAGUCCAUCUCUCUCCACGGAGACGUCGACUCCAUCUCCCUGCGCCACCUCCCCCACGGCGGCGGCCAGUCGGACUUUGACAAGUCCUCGACCAUCCCGAGGAACUCCGACCUCAGGUUCCAGUACAGGGAGUUCGCGCAGUCCAAGCGUCCCGCCUCCACGGUCAGCCUGCUGGCCGAGUCCGAACUGAGCGGCGGCUCCGUCCGCCAGCUGCCGUCGCACACGGCCACCAUCAGGCGCAAGCCGUCGUCCAAGCCGUCGUAUCGCAGGGGCACGAUCAGCGGAGGGGUCCCCAUCCCCAUCAGCACCCCGCAGGUUCCCCUCAAAGCCCUGGGAGGAACCGGCGGGAGCGACGAGAACGUUUUCGCCGUGCCCGCCGCCGGAGGGAUAGGAGGUUUAGGCCACAACAGUAAACUCUGCACCUCCACACAGAGCCUCAGCGCGCUACCUCCCUCCUCCUCCCCGUACUACCAGCUGGUCCCGGGUCAGAUGCCCAUCCCUGUGCCCAUGCCCAUCGUACCCACCCCGCUGCCAGAGCCUAGCAACGGCAAACAACAACAGCAGCAACAGCAGCAACAACAGAGACAGUACCAGCAACAGUUGAUGCAGCAGCAACGCGGUCAGCUGCAGCAGCAGCAGCAACAGCACUGGCAUCCGCAGCAGCUCCAGCAUCAGCAGCAACAGUUUCAACAGCCACCACUGCUCCAGAGACACCAGCAGGAUCAGUAUCAGCAGCAAGACCUGCACCGACAGCAGCUCAACCAGCAGCUCAACCAGCAGCACCAACAGAGUCAGUAUCAGCAGCAAGACCUGCACCAGCAGCAGUUCAACCAGCAGCACCAACAGAUCUUUGUUCAGCAGCAGCAGCAGCAGCAGCACCACCAGGUCCCCGCCGCCCAGACGGAGCCCUCCAUCCUGGGCCCAAUAGCCAACUAUCCAGCUCCUCCGCCCGCCACCCAGGACGAGAACCCGGAGCAGCCGCCCCAGGAGGGAGGAGGAGGAGGAGGAGGAGGAGGAGAAGGCGGAGGAGAAGGAGGUGGAGAUAUGCUGACCCUCAUCAAAAAAGUGAAGCUCAAAAGGACCCUGACCAACGAUCGCUCCGCCCCUCUCCUGCCCCCUCCGGCCAAUCACAAGUGAGGCCGAGCGACGGGGUCGUUCUGCGCCCCUCGUCGCCCAAAGGUGUUGUCGGCGCGGGCUGCACGGAGCGAAAUCGCAACACACCGAUUAAUCCGCUGGAACUCGUGGGACACGUUUUAUUUGACGGAGCUCUGCUUCCCUUCAGCCGUUUAGAUUUGUGCUUUAAAUAUUUUGGAGAUGUAGUUGUCAUUUCCUGCCGCUGCUGCAGCGAACUUCUUUUGCCUUUUUCCUCUUUUUUUUUUUUUCCGCUUCAUUUGGAUUGUGGAUAAAGAUUUUUCGUGUGACUCGGCCUCACUGUUAGAACUGUCGAUCGUUUAAGUUAGCGCGUCUCAGAUCCUCAUCGGUCCCCCUGGGUGUGUAUGAUUUGCUUCUUUUUUUUUUGUUUUGUUUUGUUUUUGUUUUUUUGUUUUUUGGUCUAGACUCCCAGGAGAGUGGGGAUUUAUUGAUGAUCAGUCCAGUAGCUCCAAAGUGUGGUUGAACCACGGUGUGUGGAGGUUUUAGUUUGCCGGCUGUGGGUCAGCGUUGGUCCAGUUUGUUUGUUUGUACGAUUCUGUUUCAGUCAUCUCAAAGAGGAGCAUUGACGGGGUCUCUAGACUGUAAAUAUGUCAGAUCGGUGAGAGCGUCUGCAUCACCCGAGGAGGCCGGAUGUUCUUUCAGCACGAUGAUUUGGACUCCCCCCUCUUUUGACAGUUUCUGCCUCCGGGAUGCCAAAUGGUGCCUCUGAAGACUAAAUACGUUAAGUGUGGUUUACCUGUAAAUAAUUAGCUGGUUUAGCACGAGGGGAAGAUGAUGAGAAGGCAGCGAUUUGUCGGCAGCUUUAAGAGGCAACGUUUCGGGAGGCGUGACGAGGUCUCUGCUGGGAGCAUAGCUGGCUAUGACGAGCAGAUCACGGCGGCCGUCGACACACGCGGGCCCUUAAUGCAAUUUACAGGACGCCGCCAUGUUUGAAGACUUGACCUAAACCUGUGUAACUGACAGAGACGUAUUUAGUCUUAAUGUUAAUUGUCUUUCAUUAUGUACAUAAAACAGUCCGCUUCGAUUCUGUCCACAUCACAGACACGUUCUUAUCUUUAAUCGUUAUAUUUGUGAAGUUACACAUCCAGAAAUCCUCUUUUCACAGUUCGUCCAUCAGGGAGCAGUUGCAAAUCUGUUUUUAUUACUGCACCUUAAAGUGAUCAGUUCGGCCUUUCUUUUUCACAACUGUUAUAAACGGCCAUAAACACAUUUGUGAAUUUUUAAUGCUGGAGGUUGGUUUAAAGUCUUAAAUGUAAUUAGAUGGCGGUACGAGUUUUGCGCGAUUCUUUAAAGAACACGAGGCGCCGAUCUAAAUCUUCUAUUGGGAUUAAACUUAUGCUUUGAGACGGAUAUUUCACCAGCCAUCGCUUUAAUACAUAUAAUAAAUAUCAUCUGAAACCUUCAAACGUUCAGUUCACUGCCGCGUUAAAUUUAAAACACAUUCUUUUUUUGGCCGAUUGACUAAUUAUCCGAUAUUUUUAUUCAUAUUACACAUGAGCAGUUUUUGAAUGUAGACGUGUGAUUGUUUUUCUUCUCUCCGACAUGGCGGCAUGUUUUAUUUGAAAGCCUCUGAUGGCUGUAGUUUAAAAAGGUCAGGCAAUAAAACUUAACUGUUUCAGCAGACGAGGGAUCUGACGCGUUUAAUAAAUGAGGACACUGCUAGAGUUUUUUGUUGUUUGGGAUGAGAUAAUCCUUUACCUUGAAUUAAUAUUUAUCUGCAGAGUCUGGUUGGGCUGAAGUAGCUGGCUCUAUUUUCGCUCACGUAUUUUUAUUGAUUGAGCCGCUGUUCACUUUUUUUGUCCUCAGCUGAGUUUUCCGAGUCUUAAAUCGGUUCGUCUGCCGCGGGCUCCGUGUCGACGCUGGUGAGUGAAAGCGAAAUAAUCGAACGCAGAUCAAAUUACCGAGACGUCAAACUGCCUGUUGCCUCUUAAAGCUGACGAUGAGAUGCAGGGCCGCAGCCUCCGCUCAGGAAUGAGCUCAGCUUGACAUUUUGAGGAAUCUGAACGACAUGAGGAGUUCAUUACGGCUGAAUCGAAUUAGUUGGUUAUUCUUUUAAAUAACUCAGUAAACAUUUGGUCUAAAACUGACAUUUGUAGAUGAAUGAGAAGCAGUGAGCUAUUAUUAAAAUGUUGUUUUCGUUGUGUCGCUCAGCUUCGACCGAGACCAAAUGCUUUAAAAUGUGACUUUUUAGAAAGUAAAAAAAAAUUAUUAGACAUUUUCCACCAGAAUAAACGCCUGAAGCAGACACGUUCAUUAAAGUAGGAAAACGGAGCACUGUGCAUUAAUCAAUGAGAAAAGAAAAAAAACAUUUGCGGACAGCUUCCUCGUGUCCUGGCUGCUGCGGCCCUGCUGCGAAGCUGCCCAUCAGAGAUCAGCUGCAUGCUGGGAAAUGCAGUCCAGUCUCUGUUCAGCUGGUCCUGGUCUGUUCUCAGAGAAACCUUUGCGCAUUUCUUUGAUUCAGAAGCUGAUUGAAGUCUUUUUUUUAAUUGCUGAUGACACAGAGAAAGCUGUAUUCUGAUUCCUCUUCAUUCAUUUCAUUGAUUGAUUGGACCCGAUAAGCCCCACAGCAGUUGUGUAUGUAUAUAUUAGCGCUUCUAUUCCUGGGAGAGAUCUAAAUCUAUAUAUUAAAAAGUAUGUAUGCAUAUCCUGAUUGUAUUUUUCUGUUGAUUUCUUGAUCCGACGAUGUGAUCGGGGCCUGACGCCGUCGACACUCGUCGUAUUUUUGUAGAAAAGCUUUAAACGGAGGAAACUUCCUGAUGUUUGAGGAUCUGAAACCUGAUUGGACGCCUGACUGUCGAGAAACGAGCGAAGGAAUAAACGAAUGAACAAACGACGUCGUGAACCAACAGAAUGUAGACAUGUUUUGUUCUUCGCUGUGGGAUCAAUAAUAAUGAUGAUGUUGAUGAUAAGAAA